AUGCCCACCCUAACAGUAGCAGUCUCCCAAUCACGCACCCUCCCAACAACCCCGCAAACCCUCUCCGCCCUCGAACGAACCACCCAGCACGCCGCCCGCCGCGGCGUGCACCUCCUCCUCUUCCCAGAAGCCUAUCUAGGCGGGUACCCACGCACAUGCUCCUUCGGUACGGCCGUGGGCAGCCGCGACCCGCGCGGGCGCGACCAGUUCCUGGCCUACUUCAAGGCGGCGGUUGAUCUGGGCGAUACGCCUGGUGGAGCGGGGGCGGACUGGGUGGAGAGGAGGUUGGAGGUUGGGGCUGGAAAGGAGCGGAGGGGGAUGGGACGAGGGAGUGUUUGGAGAGAAUUGCGAGGGAGACUGGGGUUUUUUUGGUGGUGGGCGUUGUGGAGAGGGCUGGGGGGAACCGGAUCGGAGCGUCUUAUUUGGGCUCAGGGCUCGCCGUCGACUCUUCGUGCGGUUACUACCACCCUCAACGGUAUCCCGUUGACUCUAGCGGUGGCCAUUUGCUGGGAAAAUUAUAUGCCUCUUCUCCGACAGAGUCUCUACUCCCAAAACGUCAAUAUAUACCUCGCUCCCACGGCAGAUGACCGCGAUACCUGGUUAUCACUGAUGCGCACCGUCGGCCAAGAAGGACGAUGUUUCGUGCUCUCCGCCAACCAGUGUGUUCGCAACGAGGAAUUGCCAGACUGGAUAACAUGUCAAACCAAGGAGACAGGUGAAGUCCCAACAUCUGGAGAAGUUGCCUCACCGGUACAAAUACAGAGCAUGCCUAGCGGGCGAAAAUUAUCAUUCACCCCCGAAGGACCGCAUGAAAUUGCCUGGCCUCAAUGCUCGACUCAUACGGAGAAUCAGCCGGUCAGUGAGACAACUACAUCGGUAUCAAAACUGAACAUCUUAUCAGGGUCUGAGUAUGUCUGUCGCGGCGGAAGUUGCAUCAUCUCACCGCUUGGCGACGUCCUGGCCGGCCCGUUGUGGGAGGUUUGUACGGACGAUGCACCGGAUAGCGAUGAGGCGGGCGUUAGUAUUGCGCCUUUGGGUAUGUCUGCCGUCGAAGCGGAGGUGCGAAGUAAUGCCGUUGCGGCUGGGAAUGGAUUGGCUAUUUCGAAGAUUGAUCUGGAUGAUUGUGAGCGGGGAGGUUGGAUUUGGAUGUUGCGGGGAGUUAUUCGAGGAGUGAUGCGUUUAAGUUUAGUGUUAAGGGGUUGGAUUUGA